AGGAAAGGCAUCCAUCCAUCCAUCUUGCUUACAAUAAAAAAGAAGAAGAAGAUGGCGAAUCCCUUUGGGCAAGUGGUUGAUGAUGAAAAGCUUGAUACUAUGGUGAACUACGUAGGGAAAGUGAAAACGCAGGAGGAUCGAGCAAGAGAAGCAAUGAAUCUGAUAAACGAGAAUGACAAGAAUGGCAAGGCAAAAAGGUAUGUAGAGGGACUGAAGAAAGAGUAUGGUGAUGGAGCCACCACUUUGUGCAUGGUUUACAACGCUACAGGAGAAACUCUCUACUACUCCGCUAGUAAAGAUUGGUACGGCUUCAUUGGUCGUACACCUUACCCUUUUGAGAUUGGAAAUGGCCAAUGGGCUUCCUUCCUCCAUGUCAAAAAGGCCAGUGAUGCUUCUGGUUCCGAGGCCGCACUGGUCUUCCGUGGUAGCAACGCAUCUGGAAUGGAGCGUGACUAUUGCGUCGCUUGGUCUAGCCCUUGGGCAGCUUGGUACAAGAACAAGGCUUACUGUGAUGUAGGUUAUGUUGGGAGUUUCCCCAGGGAUUGGGAUACUGUUUACCACACGUUGAACAACGGCGGGUAUGAACAUAGCACCAACAAAGAUGGAGUCGACAUUGAAGCUUCCACUGCUACGGGCACUUCUCCGCUUUUUGUUGCAAAAAUCAAGAUCCCGUUCAGUCCAAGGCCCUAAUCUUGGAUACUUUUCUGUUCAAAAAUGAAUUAAAUAAAAUUAUGUAUGACGAAGAAAUAUUUCUACGUCAGUAUGUAAUGGUAAUAAUCAAAAUCCAUUGGAUUGUACUUUAUUUUAUGUACCCGCACCACUAAAUAAAUUUCAUUACUUGUACUAUCAUAUACUAGCUUAUAGCCCGUGCAAGGCACGGGAGCUUUUUAAUUAUUUAUAAAUUUUUUAAAUAUA